AUGACUGCGAGUGAAACACUUGCUCUCGCCGUUUAUGGGUUUUUGCCUAGAGCUAAAUUUGUUGAAGAAGCAGGUUUAUCCUAUGAAGUUAGCUUAGUCCGUGAUAAAUUAACGCUCCGGAAGGACACUUUACCAGUUUUUAAAAAUGUCGAACUCGAGACAAGUCCUAGUCCUGAUGAGGAGGAUGCUGAUAGGUCCAAAUUGUAUGAUAACGAAGGCGAAAAGUAUUGGAAAUAUUUAACUAAGUUAAAUCCUAAUGAUACUAAGAAUCAAGAUCAUUACAAAGUAUUAGGAUUGUCCAAAUUAAGAUGGCAGGCUACCAUGGCUGAUAUUAGAACUUGCUAUAGAAGAAAAGUACUCAAGCACCACCCUGAUAAAAAGAAGCACAGAGGUGAAACUCUUCCUAAUGGAUCCGAAGAAUACUUUACCUGUAUUACAAAGGCAUAUGAACAAUUAGGCAUGUCCGAAUCCAAAAGGUUGGCCUAUGACUCUGUUGAUCACAAAUUCGAUGAUACUAUCCCUACUGAAAAGAGUAUAAACAAGGACAACUUCUUCAAGGAGUUAGCUCCCAUCUUCGAGAUAAACGCUAGGUGGUCUAGUAAGAAACCUGUACCAUCGCUUGGCAAACUUGAUGCUCCUCGAGAUGAUGUUAUUGAGUUCUAUAACUUCUGGUUUGACUUCCAAUCUUGGAGAGAGUUCUCCUAUCUUGAUGAGGAAGAUAAGGAGAGAGGAGAAGAUCGUUACGAAAGAAGAGAAAUGGAGAAGCAGAAUAAGGCUGAAAGAGAACGUCGUAGGAAAGAAGAAGUCAAAAGAAUUCGUAAGCUUGUAGAGAUGGCAUAUGGUAAAGACCCUAGAGUCGUUAGAAUAAAACGAGAAGAAAAAGAGGCGAAAGACAAAAAGAAGGAGGAGAAGCAAAGAGUCUUGAGAGAGAAACAAGAAGCUGUUGAGCGUGAGAAGAGAGAGAAAGAAGAAGCCGAACGCUUAGCAAAAGAAGAAGAACAGAAAAGGUUAAAGGAAGAAAAAGAAAGGGAGAAGAAAGAGAAGGAACUCCUCAAGAAAGCUGCAAAUGCCCAACGUCGCCGAUUGAAGAAACUAGCUGAUGAAGCCGGGCAUUGGGCCGAAUCAGGCGAAGAUAAGCUACGUGAAAUGGAAAGAAUCGAGAGAAUUUGUUUCACUCUCAGCACGGAUGCCAUCGCAGAUUUAUGUGAUAAUAUUGAACUGUUAUCUGUUGAAGAUGAGGUACGGAGUGCUAUCGAAGAAGCGGAGAUCAAUCAUAAAACUUUUGGUAGUAAAAAGAACAUAGUCAAAGUGGAGGACAAGUCUAAGGAUAUUGAGAAAGCUGCUACAUGGUCUAAUGAGGAAAUUCAACUCUUAGUCAAAGCUUCAAACACGUUCCCCGCGGGUACUGUGGAUCGUUGGAUACAAAUUGCCGAUUAUAUAAACGAACACAGAAAAGAUAAAAGUUUACCACCAAAAAAUGAAAAGCAAGUUAUUAAACAAAGUAAAGCUGUUCAAGGAAUGGCUGUGAAGCUCCCGUCUACCACCCAAAACACAUUAGGUACUGCUCUGCCUGAUGAGGAUGUGUGGACUCCUGAUGAGCAAAAGUUAUUGGAAGCAGCUCUGAAAAAAAUUCCUUCUUCUGAUCCAGACAGAUUCGACAAGAUUUCUACUGAAGUUGGAACCAAGAGCAAGAAAGCCUGCAUACGUCGUGUUAAAUACUUGGUCCAAAAAAUCAAAAAUAAGAAAUAG